AUGCCUUUCCGACAAUCCAACUUCCCCGUGGAUGACAGAUAUCUCCAACUGAGUCCCCAGUCUCGCCCUAUGGACAUGUUCAAGACUUCCGAUAAUUUCGGCAAUUGGAGCUAUGACAGCGCCAUUGACCUGUUCUCUCUGACUCCAGCUGAGAUGGACCCGGUCUUUUUUGAUUUCGACAGCCUGACAGGCGAUACGAAAGAUCUCUUUAUGGACCCAUUCGGCACCUCAUCUGCCAUCAACGGCUUCACCAUGCCCACCGAAGACACCGUCUCCAUGUCAUCGGACGUCGACAGCGAUGACCAAUCCUGGUCCAUGCGUCAAUCUCUCGACAUGACCGCCCAGACCCCAUCCAAAUCAACAACCCGCAGCUCAACCCAAACCUCCCAAUCACGAUGGUCCUCAAGUCCUGAAAUCAAAGCUCAAGAAUAUGCUCCCCGCGAAAAAUCCACCCGAAAAACCCGCAGCCUAUCUCAAGACUCCAACCACUCCACACAGGACCCACAAGUACGCAAUGCUGCCAAACGGGCCGCCCACAACAUCAUCGAGAAGCGCUAUCGCACAAAUAUGAAUACCAAGUUCCUAUCUCUAGAAAAGGCCAUCUCGCCCGCAGGCGUCCACAAACAAACCCCCCGCGCGGGCGCAGGAUCGCUGAAGAAAUCGGAAAUCCUCACCAAUGCCCUCGCCUACAUCGAGAGUAUUCAGCAAGAGAAUCAAGCUAUGCAGAAGGAACUUGCAGUCCUGAAGCAGAAUCUUGUCCCGAAUGCGAUGUGGCGACACAAGCAGCCACGUGCAUGA